ACACAUUGAUAACUGUAGAACACAAUACAGGUCAGUAAGUGUUAUUGUGAGCGAACAACAGUAUCUGUUUGCCGAUUUUAAUAUCAAAACAACGCCGUCUGUAGCUAGUCCUAAGCUAACUCUUGCUAGCUUGACACCGUUAGCUGCUGUUCGUCUUCAGUCGCUCUCCGAGGUCCUGAAACCUCGGAGCGUGAAUGUCCACAGUUACUUCAUCCACCAGCAGUUAGACUGAGGCCCACAGUCAGUGUCGCCUUCUUCUUCUUCUGUUUGUGAUGGUUUAGCUCGUAUCUUCACCACAGGCGAGCCUCAGGAUGCUGGCUGCUAACUAGCAUAUUGUGGUGGUUUGAUUCCCCACCUACUCCCCCUCGGUCACCAUGACGUCCUCCAUGCUUCGCAGACAAUUGAAGAACCUGGUCCAGAACUACUCUGAGGCUGAGGUUAAGGUGAGAGAGGCUACAUCUAACGACCCAUGGGGCCCGUCCAGCACUCAGAUGGCCGACAUCUCCGACCUGACCUACAAUGCCGUGGCCUGCAGUGAGAUCAUGACGAUGCUGUGGAAACGCCUGAAAGAUGACAGGAACUGGAGACACAUCCACAAGUCCCUGACACUUCUGGAGUAUCUGCUAAAGACCGGUGAUGAUCGCGUGCUUUUGAAAAUGAAAGACAACGUCUACAUCGUCAAGGCCCUCACAGAAUACCGCUUUGUUGAAAAAGAUGGCAAAGAUCAGGGUGGGAAUGUGAGAGAGAAAGCUAAGGUUGUCCUCAUUCUAAUGGAGGACGAUGAGAAACUUAAAGAGGAAAGAGACUUUGCAGUUAAGACCAGAGAAAAGACAUCAAAAAGUGCCGCAGCGUCAUCCUCAGAUGUUGUCAAGGAUGCAAGUUACAGGCCGUGCUAUGUUCCCGGAGCCACUGGGCUUCCGUCCUUAGACAACAUUCCCUCAGUGGCUGACUUAACCGCUUCCUUCACUGCCCGUAAAGAGGAGCGGGUCAGACAGGAAGUUGAGAAGAAAGAAACGGAGAGACGGGCUAAGAUGAGUGAAGACGAGCUGAAAUGGGAGGAUGCAGGCAAAGGUGCUGACGUGAAAGGCAAUGUGUGGGCAGGAGAAAAUGCAGAGGAGGAGGAGCAGGUGAAACCAGGUUCAUGGGGGUCCUUCAAGGAACCUAAAGAGGCCACAGCUCCAUGGGGUACGCCCACAAGACCUGAUGCAACCGACAAAGCACCUGGCAGUGAUCCUUGGGGUGCUCCGAGUACAGCGGAUGACGAUCAAUUUGCCACACCAAAAACUGAUGAAGAUCCUUUUGUAUCAACAAAAACUGAGGAAGAUCCUUUUGCUGUACCAAAGAAUGGAGAGGAUCCUUUUGUAGCUUCCAAAGAUGGGCCAGAUCCAUUUAAUGCACCUAAAGAUGACCCUUUCAGUGCACCCAAAGACAAUGAGGAUCCAUUUACUUCAUCAAACAGUGAUCCUUUUAAUACACCUAAAGACGAUCCAUUCAGUGCUCCAAAGGAUGAUCCCUUCAACGCCCCAAAAGAUGACCCAUUCAAAGUCCCAAAAGACGAUCCAUUUAACACCCCAAAAGAUGACCAAUUUAACUCCCCAAAAGAUGAUCCAUUUAACAACCCAAAAGAUGACCCAUUUAACUCCCCAAAAGACGAUCCUUUCAAUUCCACAAAGAAUGACCCAUUUAACACCCCAAAAGACGAUCUGUUUAACGCACCAAAUAAUGACCCAUUUAACACACCAAAAGAUGAUCCUUUCAACUCCCCAAAAGACGAUCCUUUCAGUGCCCCAAAAGAUGACCCCUUCACUGCACCAGCAUCAGCACCUCCUAAAGAAGACCCAUUUGCAGCACUGACAUCUCCACAAGACCCUUUCAUUGCUCCCACAACACCACCUAAAGAAGAUCCUUUUUCUGCAGCAGCCAAACCUGCUCAAGAUGACCCUUUUGCUGCCCCACCACCCAAAGAGGAUCCCUUCUCUACAUCAUCCAAACUUCCUGAAGAUGACCCUUUUACUGCGCCAACAACACCUCCUAAAGAGGAUCCUUUCUCUGCACCAACCAAACCUACAAAGACCGAUCCCUUCACUGCACCAACAACGCCCCUCAAAGAGGACAACUCAGAUCCCUUUAAUGCCUCUUCACCCAGGUCGCCCAAAGGUGGUCCAGUUGUUUGGGAAGCCCCUGCCAGCUCUCCACCCGCUACUGGGUCAGAUCCAUGGGGGGCACCAUCAGCUCCACCAUCAGAUCCCUGGGGAGCCACCUCACCCAUCAAUACGUCUGACCCAUUUGGAGAUGUCUCGAAAGCAGACAAUGACCCUUGGGGAGCCCAAGCUUUAGCUCCAGCCAGUACAGAUGAUGCGUGGGGCUCACCUGCUCCACCCUUGGCCUCAUCACCAUCCAGUGACCCCUUUGGGGACGGAGCAUCUAAAGCCAAUGAUCCGUGGGGUGCACCGAGCAGCGGAGCUAGCAACGUCACAGGAAAGCGAACAGCACAAGAAGAGGAGAUGUACAGAAAGACUGCUCAGUUCUUGGGUUCAUCGGGCGCGUCGCUGGUCGAUCUGGAUGAUCUGUUUUCUUCUAAACCCAAACAACGCACUGUCACCGACAUGCCCGCUGCCCAAACGCAAGCCAUCGGCUCUUUCAAAGCCCCGGGCCUGUCGUUUGGCCGUGUGCUCAGCUCAGGUUCUGUUGCUGGAGUGUCCUUUCCUCAAACAUCAUCCCAACCCAGCAGGUUCCCUCUUGGCUCCGCCUUUGCACCUUCCCGUGGUGCAUUUGCUCCCACUUUUGGAGCUGCCAAUCCUUCCAGUCAAACUCCCCGUAUGCAGCUGCCAUACCAGUCUCUGGGAGCGUCUUAUUCUGGCUUGAGCGUUCCCGUUUCUGUCGGAGGGAGUCAGCUGAUGGGACGUCACGCGGAGUCGCCCCGUGGAGGAGUAGGAAUGGUCCCGAGAGGGAAUCCUUUAGCAGAUCCCACUGUGUCCAGUUUCUUUGGUGGGAGUCCUCAGACAGGAGUGGGUCAUGUGGGAGGAUUUACUCCACAGCCAGCAGGGGGAGCCCCAGUGCAGCCACAGCCAACGCCAAACAGCAGGACGGGUGAGACGGGGAGCAAAAACAGCAAUCCCUUCCAGUUCUGACAUUUAAAAUUGUCACAAUUUCAAAUAUAAAUGGGUGUUUUAUUUGGAUGAGUGUGUUAAAGAACCACACGGGGCAGUUUUCAUGUAUGUGUAGCUCACAGGGGAAAGGAGUUAGAUAAAGACUUGUGGCUCCCACGGUCCUUGAAUGUACCAUCCAAAAAGUGUGAUAGUACAAAUGAAGCCUCACUAAUGUUUGGUAGCCAUCUUAGUAACACCUUCAGGCAGCCAUUUUAGAAGAAGACUAGGCUCAUAUUCAUGAAGAGAGCCAUGACUUUUGCCCAAAAUAAGAUUAAAAAAACUUUUAUAUUGCUGGAAUAUGUGUCGUACGUGACUUCCUGAACAUAAUAUGAAUCAAUAUAUGAAUGAAUACAAAACAAAACCCGCUUCACCUUCAGCCCUUAAAUCUGGUCGCAUCCAACUCAUGAAACAGCCAAGGUUUUGAUGUGUACAGCGUAUGAUAUAUGUAUAUAUCUAUAGACAGGGCCGUAUAUGUGUGAAACUACCAAUGAUUUCAACCAAAUCUAUUGGAAAACUUGAUUUAUUUCAUGCAGCAGUGUGAGAAACAGAAGAAUCUGAGUGAGUUUGUGUGAAAAUUUCCCAUAAUAGUGUUGUGUAUGUAUGUGUGUGUAAUUGUGUGUGUGUAUGCAGUGUAUAUAUAUAUAGUGCUCAUGUAAAUAUGGGGAGUCACAGAUGUUCUGUAUAUGUUAAAAUCAUAAAUGACUAUUUAUUGAAUCAUUUAUUUAUUAAUUAAUUAAUUUAUUGCUUGAUUAUUCACUGAUGAUUCAGGGCAAUUCACCACCAUGAUGAUCACAUGAUGUUAAAGGAGUAGUUCAGGUUUUUUUUAUUUUUUUUUUUUAAGUGUCAUUGUAUGAGGUAGUGGUGGACAGUCAGUGCUGACUGUACUGUGAGCGCCCCCUGUAAAAAAAACAAGGAAAAACAGAUUUUGCCAUUUCACUAAAGACUCAACUAAUGAAAUCUACACCGGCUAUGAUAUCUUAAAAAAAACCUUAUUACUUUAUCCUACUGUUGGACAGAAUUUUGAAGUUGGAAAAUGUUCACUCUCCCACACCAAAGUCCAUAGAGAAAAUCAGUGAUUUUAGCUCACAGGGACACAGGAGCUGCUGGUCUACUGCUGCCUCGUGUGGUCACUUUGUGUCACUGAAGUAAAUCCAAAUGCAGGAUUUUAAAUGCUGAAUAGACAAAAUAAGACAUUUAAACUUAAUGAUGGAGGCAGCAGUGGAUCAACAACUCCUGUGUUGUGUGACGUUAAAAUCACUGAUUUUCUCUAUGGGGUUUGGUGUGGGAGAGUGAGUGUUUACAAAGUGAUGUUUUAAUACAUACAGUGCUUAACACAUUUAUUAGACCAACUGUCAUAACAUGAGAAAAUGUUAUAGAAAUGUUAUUUAUUUGACACAUCACAAACCAAAUUCAUCUUUUUAUGGGUUGUUAAAUGGAUCAUCUUUUGGGGAGUUAAAUUGGUCAUCUUUUGGGGUGGUAAGUCAGAAAUGAAUCAAGCAUAACAUUGUACCACUAGAACUAUUUUUCUGCUCAGGAAUGCAAGUAAUUAAAUAUAAUUUCACGUCUUAAUCAAUAACAACACAUUUUUUCCUGUUUUUUUUGUAAAACACUCAAUUCGAGAAUCCAUGGACAACAAUAAUAAUUAUAUUUUAGCAUUAAAAAUAUCAUUUCAGAUAAAUAAGCUUCCACAUAGUGGUGUAUAAACCAUUACAGAAAUGUAUAAAAAUGAUUUAAAACAGCAGCAAUAUGAUAUAUCCAGAAUCAAACAGGUGUUAUAAAUGAUACAAGUCAUUAAGAGCCCACAAUCAAACUCUUAAACAUAAAUCUCCAGCUAAUCAUCCUCAAAUAAACCCUCAAUUUGUGAAAAUAACAAACUCUUAAAAGAUAUGUCCCCUGACAUAUUUUCUCAUGAAUGACAAAAAAACAGUAUUUUGAUUCAUAAACAUCUUGAUUUUUCCAAAUAAGAAGCAACAUUUUGAUAAUGGACAAUUAGAUGUUAUCUACAUGAAAACCUGACAUAUACUGAAGCGCUUUGUUUGUUCCCGUAGAGCAGAAUGAAACAUGUAUUAUUAUUAUUAUUAUUGCUCAAAUUUAAUUUUGUACCAAAUCGAUUUAUUUUUUCCUGUGUAUUUAAAUUGAAAGUUGUGUUGUAAUGUGUGACAGUCAGUAUAUACAGUACAUUUGAGAAAUAAAACCACACUAAAACAUGACAAAUCUUUACUUUUA